CCAGACGACCAGCAGCAGGGCGAAGUGCGGACAGAAUUUAACUUGCUAAACCCUGAAGAUUAUCAAAGCGAUAUUUUACAGACUGACAAUAACUGGGAAUCAGUUUUGAACACUUUGCUACAGACCUCAAGGCCAUCAUAUGCCACUUAAAGAAUCUGACAAACUAAAUCUUCUCCGGAGUAACUUGUAGUUUCUGACGAGUCUCUGCGCUGCCCUAGAGAGAGACAGACAUGGAUGCUUUUGAGGGAAUUCACAGCGUCCAGAUUUCCUCCUCUCCACCAUCUUCAGCUUCAUCCAGCCGAGGAUAUGAAGUCCUCAAGGCGGGGAGAUCUGGAAUAGCAGUGUACUCCUCUACAGUCUUCUUUGGGACACCUGAUGCGGUGGGACAGCCAGCUUCCAGACACAAGUCCAGCAGACAAACCGGGGAGGAAGGCUGUGUUGUUGGACGGUUGGUAGAUCUGGAUCCAGAGCCAGAGUCCAGAGGCGGGGGAGGAGGCCAGGCUGGGCCCACCUCAGGCCGAGACCAUGGUGACCUCUCCCGGCUCCGCAGCUCCUCACUGGAAAUCAGAGAGAAAGAAAUCAGAGAAAAGGGCUCGGAGAUCCUUAGGGAACAGCUGGACGCUGCAAAGAGGGAACUGAAACUGAAAGACAAGGAGUGUGAGCGUCUGUCGCAGGUCAGGAAUCAGCUGGAGCAGGAGCUGGAGGAGCUGACGGCUAGUCUGUUUGAGGAAGCUCACAAGAUGGUGCGUGAAGCGAACGUCAAACAAGCAGCAGCAGAGAAACAGCUGAAGGAGGCUCAGGGAAAGAUUGACGUUCUGCAAGCAGAGGUGACGGCACUCAAGACUCUGGUGUUGACAUCCACACCCUCUUCACCAAACCGCCAGCUGCACCCACAGCUGCAGGCUUCGGGAACCAGGGGAGCGUACAAACAUGUCGGAGGACACAUCCGCAACAAGAGCGCGAGUGGUGCCUUUCCAUCUUCACCUGGAAAACCAGAACCUUCAUCAGUUUCAAUUCAGCCUGUGGCCAAAGAGGACAGAGAGCCUGCUGUUCCUGCUCUCCUCUCUCUGAUUCUCUGCCUGGUUCCUGGACAGUCUGUCAGUGUGACCUAUGACUCUUAUUGGCAGGAGCGGGGAGAGGGGCAAGGCAUUGACAGCAGACAGAUGGACUCAGUUCUGUAUGCAGAGUUUCUGAUGUGGAAGGAACAUCCGAGUCUAGACCGCUCCUCCGCCUUCCUCAGUCGAAUCUACAGAGAAGACAUUGGACCCUGUCUCUCUUUUACAAGAUCUGAGCUGUCCCAGCUGGUGCAGAGCGCAGUGGAAAACAACUCUCUGACUAUCGAGCCUGUGGCCAUGUCAGCGUUACCGAUGGUUAAAGCCUCGGCUAUAGAAUGUGGAGGCCCUAAUGGCUUUAGGGCAGCAAUAGAGACGAAAUGCGCAUUGAGCGGGAUGACACGACUCUGUCGACAUCGCAUUAAACUUGGCGACAAGGGGAGCUACUAUUACAUCUCUCCUUCCAGCCGAGCACGGAUCACAGCAGUUUGCAAUUUUUUUACAUAUAUCCGCUACAUCCAGCAGGGCCUGGUGAGACACGAUGCGGAGCAGAUGUUCUGGGAGGUGAUGCGUCUUCGCAGAGAAAUGACUGUGGCCAAGUUAGGUUUCUACCUCACUGACCAGGGCUAGUGGACCUGACAGUCCACUGAGACACCCGACAGGACAAGCAUGAUCCUAGGACAUUGAUUAUUCAGAUGAGUUUGGGUUAAACUGUGGUAACAAACAGGUCGUGGAUCUGUUUUUGUAGCAGAGGUUGUACAGCAUUAGUUACAGCAAUAGUGCUGCAGCAGAGGUCAACCAACAAGGGAAGCAUGUUCUGGUAAUUUAAAAAAAAAAAGAAAAUAAAAUAAAAAAUUGAACCACGGCUAAAAAGACAUAAAAAUAACACAAUUCUAAAGAUAGUGUUACUCCCAGAUAUGUCAAAUAUAUUCCGUUAUACUGCAGGCCUCCAGUAAUUCUCCCAAGUGAAGAGAAUCGUUUUUUAUCUUGUGAGCUCUGAACCUCCCCGGUGGAGUACAUAUAACUUCUCAUGUUAGCACAAUAGAUUCUAGAUGCAUUAUUCUGUUGGAAAGAUGAGCACAGGAUGAAAGCAGCAGAGAGUUUAGUUGAGCUCUUACCUCAUGUAUUACAUACGUAGAUAAUUAUAUAUGUAAGAUCUGUAAGAUUGACAGUUUCCAUAGAACAAUGAUUUGAGUUGUUUUCUUUAUUUUUACAUUAAUGUAAUGCUCACCAGCACCUCGUAGUUGCUUUCAGUUAUUAGGUCAAACACCACAGCCAAGACUUUUUGUCUCAGCAUGGCCUUAAUUUUAUUGAUGCACUACCUGUUCUAGAGGCCUUGUACGAAACACAAAGGAAACGGCUGCAGCCUGUUGCAAGAAAAACAAUUUCACAUUAUCCUGUAAUUAAUAAUCAGAUAAACUGUUAAUGAAUUAAUUAUUAUACCUCCACAUUCAAAAUAGUGACAGCUUUACAACGUAAACAGAAAAUAAACGAGCUUUAAUACAUGUGAUCGCAAUAUGCACAACUGUUGCAACUGUAGAUUUACACGUCUGCAAUGAACAGUAUGUAAAUACAGAAUAAGCCAUAAAUAACUUUGCAUGAAUGCAGUACAUAGCCAUAUUAUGCAAUGUAUAUUGGUUGUACCUCAUACUAAAGAUUUAUUACUAUUAAUGACCAGUUUUUUUUUAUAAAGAACAGUCUUUGAAAGAUAAAAAUGAAGAAUAUUGUGUCAGAAAGUGCAAUAACUGCUUCUUAGCCUUAUCUAGGGCUUUGAGGUUCCUAACCUCAGUGUGCUGAUAAUUAACUGUGUCUUCCAGUAUACACACUCCAUUAAAAACGAGGCAUUGUAGCCUAUAA